UCCCUCUUUCUCUAUGGUUGACGGGCUGGAGGAAGACUACGCCGGCGAGGGGGGUGCUUUGGCGCUGGAACUGCUUCUGUCAUGCGGUUUCGUGCUAAGAUUAUAGACGUUGGAUGUCUCAAUCAUUUCAGUCGUGUGAUAAACACAAUUGCCAAGUUAGCUAAAACCUGUACCCUACGGCUUACUUUGGAUAAGCUUUACUUCACCCUCAGUGACAAAGUAGCAAAUGGAGGUGUUAGCAUGUGGUGUGAGCUUAACCAGGGGAACUUCUUUGAUGAAUUCCAGAUGGAAGGUGUUUCUGCAGAAAAUAAUGAAAUUUAUUUAGAGCUGGCAUCGGAAAACUUCUCCAGAGCCUUUAAAACUGCUCAGAAUGCCAAGGCAGUGAAAAUCAAAUUAACGAAUAAGCAUUGCCCUUGCCUUACAGUAGCUGUGGAACUGCCUUCCUUGUCAGGCAGUAGUCGCAUUGUGACCCAUGACAUUCCUGUAGGGGUUAUUCCAAGAAAGCUGUGGAAUGACUUCAGAGAACCCAGGGUGCCCGACUUUGAUGUCAGUAUUUAUCUACCUGUGCUGAAGACCAUGAAAAGUGUUGUGGAGAGAAUGAAAAAUCUCAGCAAUUCUCUUGUAAUACAAGCAAAUCUAAAUGGAGAGAUGAAAUUGAAAAUAGAAACUGAUCUAGUGUGUAUUACAACUCACUUUAAAGAGCUUGGAAAUCCUCCAUGGGGUAAGCGUUUUACUUUUUUUGUCAGACCUUGAGAGAUUUC